AUGAGUUCAAAAGAGAGACUUAGGGAGAACGCAUCGGACAAGAAACGAAAUUUGAAGGGCCUUGGGCUUGAUCGUAUAGCCAUACCCAACCUUGAUCAGCCAUCUUUUAUGGCUGAAACCCCCAUCACUGAAGAACCUCUCACAAUAGGCAAACAUACCAUACUCACUCUCGAUACUACCAACACAAGCCCAGUCCCUCGUCUUUGGUCUCCAUCGCUAGCGAAUAGUCCCGGCGGCAUUGGAUCUGGUAGAUUCAUACCUCCACGAGAUUCCUCCCUUCGGAAACCGGCGGCUCAGACGAAGAAACGCGACUCGAAAUUAGCGAGUCGACAAAGUGAUAUGGAACGUGAAAAACAGAAGAAUACUACUAAUGAAUAUGACGAGGGCCCAGAUCAGAAGCAGGAAAGCUCGACGGAAUCUGGGGAAUCCACGAAUCUAAAAGUACCUAGCGAGGGGUCCGUACCUUCUCCAUCGCUCGAAUCUACAACGCUAGCCAACAAGCAAUUUGAGGAGACUACAAAGAAUAACGAGCAUCUAGUUUUUGAGGAUGAUAUUGAGUGUGCCCCCGCACCGGUUAUUACCCAACGAAGAUCACAACGCAACCAGAGUCCCAACAAAUCCAAACGAUCAUCUAGUCAGAAAAGACAAUCUGGCGGGAUUUCACCUGAACCACCAGAGCUAAAGAUAAAACGGAGCACUUCACGUCUGAAGCGUUUGUCUGCUCCUUUAAGCCCUGGUAAUUUAAACAAUGAUACCUUCAAGAGAAAUACAUCUAAACCUGAUUCUAAAUAUGUCUCCUCCGACCCAGCGCGACCUGCGUCUGUGUUUAUUGAUGCUCGCCCUAGCAGUGCGGAUUCCAUCGAUGAUGCCGUCACAGCCUACCUUGCCUCCCCACGCUUAUCACAGAAAAUCAGGCAUCCUCAAAGUGGACGAACCAUCUCAUUCUCAGAGGUUGGCGAUCCAGAGGGUUCAGUUGUAUUCUGCUGUGUUGGAAUGGGUUUGACUAGAUAUAUCACGGCUUUUUAUGAUGAACUUGCUUUGGCGCUGAAGUUACGAUUAGUCACACCGGAUAGACCAGGAGUUGGACAAAGUGAGCCAUAUACUGAUGGUACAGCGACUCCACUGAGCUGGCCUGAUGAUGUGUACGCGAUUUGUCAAGCUUUGAGGAUAACAAAGUUCUCCAUUCUUGCACAUUCAGCGGGUGCAAUAUAUGCUCUUGCAACAGCGUUACGUAUGCCACAACACAUUCGUGGUCGUAUUCAUCUUCUUGCUCCUUGGAUUCCACCUUCUCAAUUGACAACGUUUGGUACACAGACAGUGUCCCCACCUGCAAACUCUAUACCUACAUCUCAGCGUAUUCUUCGUGCGCUUCCAACAACGAUACUCAAGGUUGCAAAUUCUAGUUUCAUGAGUGCUACUAGUAGCUCAGUUACAAGUAGUCUUCCUAAGCAAAAAAGAAAUAAACGCAAAUCUACAAGUACUCCUCGAGAUACUCCCACACCGAGUGGUAGGAAUAACGUACUUACCCCAGGUCUAGAUAAGGAGAAUCAAAAAUUUGAUCCUUCAAAAAGGCCAGAAUUUAUGGCGGCAGAAUCAAUGGAGGAAGCAGCAGGGAAUCCAAAUGAUCCGAAUCAUGAUGCUGCAAUACUAGCAGUGGCUGCCAGUACAUUAGCCGACAAAGAAAGGCAAAUGACUUACGAUACACGUUUAACACAUGCUAUAUGGGACCUUGCUACUAUCGGUGCAAACCCUGCUGUGGAUUUAUUAGUGUGUUUAGAGAGAAGGCAUACGAUUGGGUUUCGUUAUGUUGAUAUUACACGUUCGACAGUUAUUCAUCAUGGAAGUAAGGAUACCCGAGUUCCUGUUGAAAAUGUUCGAUGGUUGGGAAAAACAAUGAAGAGGUGUGAAGUAAGGGUAUUAGAAGGAGAAGGGCAUGGUUUAAUGGCUUCGGCUACUGUGAUGGGUGGUGUACUUAUGGAAAUCGCGCGAGAAUGGGAGGAUUGGAUCGAGAUUACUGGAUCUACUCGAGGUGAUGGGACUAAAAGGACUUUAAGGGAAAGGGCAAGUGUGGGAGCUUUCAGAUGA